AACGCACCUCCAAGCAAUACUAGAUCAACUGGGCAUAACACUUGUGAAGACAUUCUGCACGACACUUCAUUUCUACGUAAGCUUGAACACAUUACUAUCCUCACAUAGGCUAGGGCGGUUUGUACUCUAGAGCGCUUUUCGAGCGCCCAGUCGAGUUUUGUCCGGCGACCGUAGAUCAUGUCAUCAUUCGCGAAGUCCAAGUUGAAGGCAGCGAGAGAUGCUAUUGGAAAGAAAAAGUACGAACAAGCACGUGAAGCCGCUGCACAGGUUCUUGAAUACGAGCCUGAUAACUAUACCGCCCAUGUGUUUCUUGGUCUUGCUCUCUUAGAACUCGGCCAGCACGAAAAGAGCGAGCAACUGUAUCGAAAGGCCAUAGAACUCAAGGAUGAUCAAAUACUCGCAUGGCAGGGAAUCGCAAAGCUUUACGAAAAAACUGAGAGGUGGAACAAUUUGGCGGAUACCCUGGAACACAUGAUGCAGAUAUUCGCCGAAAAUGACGACGCCACAAAGUGUGCUGAGACCCUUCAAAAAUUAAUGGAUAUUCUCCGGCAACAUGGGACACGCCGUGAGGUCAUUCAAGCAUUAUACUUUCACCUACCAGACUCCUCUUUGUAUCCUGUUCUUUCAACGCUUCCUCCACCUGAUGCUACGAAUCCCACAUCGACCUCAAUUUUUCCUACUCAAUCGGCAAUCCACAAUUCACUCGCUGUCUAUGAGGAGCUUGUAUCCCUGACAGAGCGAGAAGAAGAGAUGUUUUUCAAGUCUGAGUUUGACAAGCGACGUACUCGCCUUGGAGCUCCUAAACCUGAGCAACUCAAGAAAGAUAUUGGCAUCGAGAUUUGGCAUUCGUCAAAGCUUCCAGCAUUAUACAACGAUAUUCUUAAUCACCCCAGCACCUCGGACGAACUGCGGCGCGCCACAGAAUCGAAACUCAUUCGAUAUAAACAUCAAUUGUUUCUGGCACUCCCCUCUACUGACCCAGAAAAACGCCAAGUUGGCAUGCAGUUGGACGAAAUGGUUCACGGUAUUGUGACGAUUGGCAUUCCGGAUGAGUUUGCUUGGUGCAUCUGGUUUGAAGGAAAAGAUUAUGAUACAGUUGAGGGUCUUGGUCUUGCGUAUCUCAAACAGUUCAUAGAACUCUUCCCGACAAGCACAUUAGCGCUGAUGUUGACAGGAUACUUGACAUACAAUAAGGCUGCUUAUGGUGACGAAGAAUCAACAGAAGAACUGACAUUUGCGGUGGAUAGCGACCCUUAUGGCACUAUUCUUGAUGCCUUUUCAGCACUCCCGGACUCAUUACUAGCGAACAUGAUCACAGCUCGAGUCCAUUUACAGGAACUCGAAUACACAGAUGCCAUCAAAGUCGCUGAAAGCGGUCUGGAAUUGGUGCGCAGGUAUGAGUCAAAUACAGCUCGUGAACUCCAAGAAGUGCGCAAGGCAUUUCACAUUAUUCUGGCCACAUCCUUCGUGCACCUGUUUCCUCCAAAGCACCACCCUCGCGCCCUUUAUUUCUUAAAUGACGUCCUGAAGCAAGAUCCUACCAAUGUGGACGGAUUGAUGGGGAAGGGGUAUGUUUUCCGAUACGCUGAAAAAUGGGAGGAGGCGGAGGUGCUAUUUGCGCAAGCAGCGGAGCAGCUCCCUGACGAUAUUGACAAAGGUGUGGAAGCAAAAGAGGAGAGUGCGUGGUGCCUUAGUCGGAUGCAUGCGGAUGCUGGCGUAGAUGCUUUGAAAGAGGUCUUUGAAACCUUGAAGGAUAUCGAGGAUCGUGACACCGAUAAAGCUCGAUGCCUGUGGCGGAUUGGAAGAUGUUACUGGGAUCUAGGAGGAGAGUCUCGCGAGGAAGCUUUCAAAUACUUCAUCACAUCGCUCAAACACAAUCGCGAGUAUGCGCCAGCAUACACUUCGCUAGGUGUAUACUACUCAGAACACGCGUCACCGCCCGACCCUACUCGAGCUUCGAAGUGUUUCCAGAAAGCAUUUGAACUGGAUGCUCGUGAAUCAGAGGCUGCGAGGCGCCUUGCGGAAGGCUUCGCUGACGAGCGUGAAUGGGAUCUAGUUGAGGUAGUGGCUCGGCGUACUAUAGACGGUGAAGGCGGGAUGGGUGCGGGUAUGGGGGAAGGAGAUGGCGCAGCUUCGGGAAAGUAUCUUCCGACAAACGCGUGGGCAUGGAAGGCUCUCGGUGUUGUAGAGCUGAUAAGGAGGAACUAUGCGGAAUCCAUCAAGGUUUUUCAAGUGGCACUCCGAGCGGAUGUCGAUGACCAGCUCUCAUGGCUAAGACUUGGUGAAGCCUACAGUAAAGCCGGCCGCCAUGCCGCUGCCCUUAGGGCACUUGGUCGAGCUCACGAGCUUCAACCGGACGACUGGAUGUGUACAUACUUUAUAGGGGAAGUCCAACGGCAAGCGGGAAGGCUUGCAGAAGCUCUUACCUCCUUCCAGUCUAUACUGGAUGUUCGUCCCACCGAAGCCGGUGUCCUUUUAUCUGUUGCGCAGACCUACCUCGACCUAGCCCGACAUGAAAGGUUUGCCGGGUUUGUUACCCGAGCUGAGCAGUCUUUUAUCUCCUGUGUCAACGUUGUGUUAGUCGCCAUCCGGGAAAGCCCGGGACAUCGUGGAGUCGCCUGGAAAAUCGCUGCUGAUGCUCUAUUUGAGUUAUCGAUAAUCACUGUCUUCACGGAUGAAAACAACGUCCGUGCAACCGUGACUGUGGUCUGCGAAAUCAUCCAAGACCAAAGUAGCGCUCGGCUGGCCGGUCUAUUCAAGUUCACAACUCUCCCUCCGGACAACCAAGUCACCGGGCUGAACGCACUCGAAGCUGCUGUCGCUGCCUACGAUUACCGCAUCACAGUGGGUUCUUCCGACGAAACCGCUCUCCCAAGCUCGUUGUACGACCUUGCUGUAGCCCUGCACGAGUGGAUUUUGAAACAGCCAUCCGGUACCAUAGGGAAAGUCUUGGAGGCAACAAACUCAUUAUUGGUUCAAGCCCUACAGAUAGAGCCUGGAAAUGUCAGGUUCUGGGUCGCAUUGGGUGAUCUCCACUUUGCACGAAAGCCGAAACUGUCGCAACAUGCAUAUAUCAAGGCGAUCGAAGUUGACACCAAGAACGUGGUAGCGUGGACCAAGAUUGGUCUCCUCUACCUAUAUCAUAACGAUAUUGAGUUGGCUACCCAAGCAUUUACGAAGGCGCAAACUCUUGAUCCGGAUCAUACCCUGGCUUGGAUUGGCCAAGCAUUGAUUGCAAUAACAAACGGCCACGAAGCAGAUGCUCGUACAUUACUCGAGCAUGCAGUCAGCAUGACAGCAGACGUGCCUAUGGCAGACCUGCAAUUUGCCUUGCGCGUUCUUGUUACCGUAAACGAUUCAAAUACAGUUCGUGCACCCAAUACAGAUCGCCUUUUAACUGCCUUCUUCGUCCUCGGGCGCUAUUCCCAACGCUGCCCGACUGAUGCCUGCGGCCUCCAUAUCUUCGGUCUGAUUUGCGAGCACCUUGGAAAACUUGAACAGGGUGUAGAAUACAUCGGUCGUGCAAUUACUCUUCUAGAAGCAGCAUACGAGGAGGAGGAGGACCCCAUAGUCGAACGCCAAUUUGUCAUCGCACACACCAACAUCGCGCGGCUCCGUCUUGGAUUGCAGGACUAUGAAGGAUCAUUGGCAUCUUUCGAGAACGCUCUAGGUCUACUUCCUGAAGAUGCAGAGCGGGAAUCACAGAUUCUACGCGUACAAGCUCAAUACGGGUCUGGGUUAGCGUCUUUCAAGAUGGGUGAUCUUCAGGCCGCCAUGGCAGCAUUCCAAGCUGCUUUGGAAAGCGCCGCUGACGAUCGUGUUCUCCGAGGACAAGUUACUGUUCUGCUGGCACAAACGAUGUGGGCGAUUGAGACACCCGAGUUCCGCGAGUCUGCGAAAGGCUUGUUGCUUGAUUGCAUCACCUCCGAUCCAGAAAAUUUGAUGGCAAUCAACACUCUAGCUGGAAUGGGGAUACUUACUGAAGACGAUGGGCUAGUUGAUGCCGCGCUCUCCGAAAUUCUGUCACUCCCCGUAGAACAAAGACUUGAACUCGAUCCUCGAAGAGACGUGACGUAUCUCCUCGUGCAACAUUAUCUUGGGCUGGGUGACUCUGACAAGGCAAUUAAAAUCGCCCAAAAAGCCCUUCAUGUUGAGCCUUCGAAUCUGCAGAUAAGGCGAGAAGUCGCAUCUUUGUUGCUCAUGCAGGGGGAAAGAGACGCUGCGUCAGCCAUCCUGGCAUCAGUAGCGCUGAAUCAAAACAUUGCAGAAGCAAAGACCACUCUUGCAUUAUCGGCUCUUGCACAAUCAAUACAGUCUCAAAGGAGUGCACAAAAAGCCAUCAUGCUGGAACCCGGUCAAUUGCGGAACUGGCAGACUUUGGCUUAUGUUCGGGCGCAAGAAUCGCUGUGAUAUCAGGUAGGAUAAUGUACACGUAUGUAAAAAGAGGCUCAAUACCCGAUCAUCCAAUAAUGUGCCUGUUGUAUGG